CACUCCCCACCCUUUUUAACCGGCCGCCCCCCGCCUGCUGCUUGCUGCCUCCCACUCCACUGAGAGAGACCGACUGAGCCCCCCCGGCCGGCGCGCGCCGAGAGGGCGGAGAGCGGCACGGCUGCCAUGGCCGCCGACGCCACCGUCUUCCCCUACGGGCUGCGCGUCCUCGUCGUCGACGACGACCCCACCUGGCUCAAGAUACUCGAGAAGAUGCUCAGGAAGUGUUCCUACGAAGUCACCACAUGUGGCCUAGCUAGAGUUGCUCUUGAAAUUCUCCGGGAGAGGAAAAGCAAGUUUGACAUUGUAAUUAGUGAUGUCAACAUGCCCGACAUGGAUGGUUUCAAGCUUCUUGAACACAUUGGACUUGAGAUGGACCUACCUGUCAUAAUGAUGUCCAUUGAUGGAGAGACAAGUAGGGUGAUGAAAGGAGUCCAGCAUGGUGCUUGUGAUUAUCUCCUUAAGCCCGUUCGGAUGAAGGAACUCCGGAACAUUUGGCAACACGUUUAUAGAAAGAGAAUGCAUGAAGUGAAAGAGAUUGAAGGUCAUGAUAGCUGUGAUGAUCUCCAAAUACUAAGAUAUGGUUUCGAAGGAUUCGACGAGAAGGGCAUAUUUAUAACAGCUGAUUCUGAUACAACGAGGAAGAGAAAAGAUUUGGACAAGGACCAUGCAGAUCAGGACUCGAGUGAUGGUGCUACUGCUAAAAAGGCUAGAGUAGUUUGGUCAGUUGAUCUGCAUCAGAAGUUUGUAAAUGCUGUGAACCAAAUUGGAUUUGACAAAGUUGGUCCAAAGAAAAUAUUGGACUUGAUGAAUGUCCCUGGCAUAACCAGGGAGAAUGUUGCUAGCCAUCUUCAGAAAUAUCGCCUCUACUUGGGUAGGCUGCAAAAGCAAAACGAGGAAAGGAUAUUGGGCGCUGCUAGGCAAGAUUUCAGCAAUAAGGGAACAUCAGAGAACCUUAACCUCCGAAGUUCCUUCCAAGAUCAACCAAGCAACGUUUCUAGUGGAUAUCCUCAUGCUUCCCAGAAGAUACAAGGUCAGAGCAGCAUGCUAGAUUCUCAGUUAGAAGACACCAAGUGCACGGUGCCCUUACCAGCGUCAGAUAAAAGCAGAAACUCAGUAAAUGAUGUUGCAGACUCGCAGAAUGUCGCCGAUGCUUCACCCUUAAGUGGGGUGUUGUCUUUCAAAGGUUUGCCAGUGAAUCAGGACAAUAAUCCAUCAGAAACCAUGAUAAUGGAAUGCCAGACCUGGAAUGGAGGCGUGCCAUCAAAGCAGUUCAUGCAAUAUCCAAAGCAUAACCAUGCACGCUGUGACCUGUUAGGGGAUUAUGCAUGCUUGCCAAAGCCAGACUUAGAGCACCCCGCUGCUCCUGGUAAUUUUUUUACACCACCACCACUAAUCUCAAUGAGUUGCAGUAUGGAGCUGGAUGCUAGAAACUUCUCAGAUGUGAAGCCAGCUCUUCUUGAUUGCAUCAAGUCGUUGUCUCCGGCGUUGACAUGUACAGUUGAUUCGGUUUCUGUUCAACUGAGUGACAGUGUUGUGACCUCAACCAGUUCUGACAGGAAGUUUUCCACUGUGGAAGGUUUGCCCUACUUUGAUCAGACGAACAGCCAAGGCCCUUUGUUUCGUUCACAAGAACCAAGUACCACAUGCGGCUUAGAUUUGGCUUCUCUGCCCGAGGACCUACCGAGCUAUCCACUUCAAGGUGUCCCCUUUGAGAAUAUAGGGCUCAGCAGCAUUGACUUAUUCCACUACAAUGACACAAUGUUAUUAGCCGGACUACAAAGUAAUUGGUACGACGACCAAGAAUUCAUCAGCGAAACUACUGACUACCCAUUGAUGGAUGGGUGUCUCUUUGCAUGAUCCCCGGCUGUCCCCUUCUGUCGACCAUAUGCUGUUUUGCGAGAAAGGAUGAUGUUCUUUGGUGUGUUCCCAUAUAGCACCUCUUGUAGGGCUAUAGUGUUCUAACUUGAUCCUUUGGUGGAAGGAUCUAAUUGUAGUAACUCCACUUUUGAUAAAAUGUCUGUAUUAUAUAGACUGUGCCAUGGUAAAAUAUAUACCCUUCGAUAA